AUGGAUGAUCUUGAACGAGGAAGGCUUAAUGGGAUUAUCGAUUGUGGUGAGAGUGGCAAAACUUCAAUGACAGCUACAAUUGGUAUAGAGAGUGAUUUCCCAUAUGUCAAGAUGAUAUCUGCAGAAAGCAUGAUUGGUCUCGGUGAAGCAACUAAAUGUGCACAAAUUGUCAAGGCAUGCAGUAGUGAUGAAGAUGGUUUGCUUGGUUUUGACGUACAUAGUGAUGGCCAUGGCCAAAGGCAACUAACUGUUCUAGCAAGAGAUGAGCGAAUGGAGAUCACCUCAAGCAUGAAUGGUGCUCCUCUAUUCCCUCCAAAGAAGAAAUAUUUUUCUUGUAUCGAAAUGAAUGGUUUUCUGCCAUUAAUAGUUAUUGUGUCUCAAGACUAG